GUCGCAACCAUCCAACUUUAAUCCUUGAAGCGCGAUUGGCGUUGCUGUGUCUUAAGCAUUUGUGCUGCCUGUCGACGCGCCUAAGUGUUGCUUUGGGCUCUUGUUUUCUAUUUAAUCCUUUUUUUUUCCUACUUCAACUUCUGUAUCUCCUCAGCCAGGCGCUGGAGAUUCAGAAAAUACACUUCUCGGUUGCCCGGUCAUCCAAUCCAAGCAAAUCCAAAGGGGAACCCCUGUGCCUUGUAUCCGUACAUACACGAGAGGCCCGUACACUUCACGUCCUGGAGGUUUUUGGGCCGGCGAUCCUAGAGAAGAAGUGCGCUCAAGGCGUUGGCAUCAUGAGCCAGUCACUGCUCGAAUUCCUCGUGGAAAACGAGCCUGCUUUCAGAAAAAGCCGCCUUCCUGCCCUCUACUCCGACUUUCAAACCCAGCGGACCCUCAACCCAGACGGCUACCAAGCAAACGUCUCGGCAUGGCGCAAGGCGCUGAGGCACAUUGUGAGCUCCGGUUUGGCCCCGGCGGGUCGCGGAAGCGCGCCAGACCUGUUCGUCCUCCACUCCGAUGAACAACUGCUCCGCGCCCUCGAGUCGAAACAGUACGGCAGGCCGCUCGCCCUGGGUGCCGUGGUCCGCGAGGCGCUGGCGGCCAAGGACCUCAUCCCGCUGCGCGAGUUCCUCGACGCCAAGGAGAGCAUAUACCGCCGGUCCUGGUCGGUAUGGAACCUGGCCUCCUGGACGAUGAAGCAACUAGGCGUGGCCGACUUUCUGAAGAAGGACUCCCUGCCGUCGGGGCAGUUCGUGGUGGUCGCCAAUGUCGAGGAGGCCGGCAAAGCCUUCGGCGCCCAGAACGGCCCGGCCGCCAACGCCCGGAGCCGCUUCGAGCGCACCUUCACCAAAGCCCAUUUCUACAGGACUCUCAACGACCAGCUCGUCGAAGGCAAGCACCUCUCCGAAACAGACAUGGACAUCCUCCUGCGCUUCCUCUCGCGCGACAAGUCCGCCAUCCUCUACGACGGCAACACGAUCAAGAUCAAAUCGCCCGCCGGCGCAUGUGCUGCCGACGAGCCCGACCAGAUCACCACCGAGGACGCCUCCAUCGCGCAGCUCCGCGAGCUCAUCGCCUCGCUGACGCACCAGACCGCCCUCCUCGGCCGCCGCAUCGACGAGCUCACGGCGCAGGCCAAGCAGGCGGUGGCCAAGUCCAACCGCGUGGCCGCCCUCGCGGCGCUGCGGUCCCGGAAGCUGGCCGAGUCGACGCUCGCGCGCCGCUUCGCCACCGUCAACCAGCUCGAGGAGGUCGCCGCGCAGAUCGAGCAGGCCGCCGACAACGUGCAGCUCGUCCGGGUCAUGGAGGCGUCGGGCGCGGCGCUCGCGAGCCUGCACGCGCGCGUGGGCGGCGCCGAGGGCGUCGAGGAGGUCGUCGGCCGGCUGCGCGAGCAGAUGGCCGCCGCCGACGAGGUCGGCAGCAUCCUGGCCGAGUCGGCCGGCGCCGUCGUCGUGGACGAGGCCGAGGUGGACGACGAGCUGGCCGCGCUCGAGGGCGAGGAGAAGAGGAAGGCGGAAGAGGCCGAGCGGGCCGAGCGGGAGGAGCGCGAGAGGAGGGAGGCGGAGGAGACGCGGAGGCGCCUGGCCGCUGCUGGGGAGGCGCCGCGCGGCGACGUCAAGCUGCCCGAGCCGGGGGAUAAUAAUAAGGACGACAAGGAGGUGCGGGCGGCCGAGGACAUGAUGAGUAGGAUGUCCCUGACGGAAACCCCGGAGCGCUAGAGGACGCCCACCAUGGAGUUUCCCUCCUCACUGUUUCUGUUGUUAUCGGCAGUAGUAAAGGAGUGCUAAUUCCGAUCCCCUCGAUAGUGCACGAAUGAGCGACCCGACCCCAAUGUGGAUCCAAAACGCCAUUAAUAAUUACUGGGUUACUUACAAGAGGCGUCCUGAUAUGUGGUCAAGUGC